UUGCAAAAUGCUACGCAAACAACAUGUUACACAAAUUUAACAACACCCUGUUUUAUGACAUCAUUAUGUAUAUGAAAAAUGAAAUUUCACAUUUAUGGCAGAUCUGAUAUGUUAUGUCAAAGGAAUCGAUAUUAAAAUAACUUUGGUACUGAAUGAACUUUAAUAAUAUUUUUCGUGCUUUAAAAAUGUUAUACAAUAUUUUAGUGUUUACAGCAAAAUUAAUUUUAAUAAUCGUAAAUACUUUUUGGCUGAUAUGCACUAUAGCUUCAGCAGUAAUUCCAUGGUUAACAGUACUUAUAUUAAUAGUAUGUAUUGCGUCAAAAUUUUUCAAGCUAAAGAAUCCGAAUGAAAAAUUCCUUAUAAGUCUUUUGGGAGGUGACGCAGAUGAUAAUUCAUUUUUUUAUUGGCCAGUUGCAAAUCAAGGCGGUAGUUACGAUGCGCCUGAAAACUCACUUGUAGCUUUAAAAAGAUGUUCAAAUAUGGGUUUUCGCAAUGUUUUAUUAGAUGCUGCACAAACAUCAUGUGGGGAAAUUUUAAUAUUACAUAAGAACACAAUUGACAAAGCUGGUCUUAAAGGAAAUGUGUUUCAACAUUCUUUAACUGAUAUUAAAAAUUCUGUUCAAAAUAUUUCGGAACUUCAUCCCUUAGGAUCAAAAUUCGACGCGGAAAAAGUUUUAACAUUAACCGAUCUCUUAUCAUAUUUAGAAUCUUCUAACUUGACAAUAUUUUUGCUAAUAUCCGACUCGAAUGCUCGAAUGAUUGAAAAACUAAAGCAAUUUAUAAACCAUAACGAGAAUUUUAAAAGAAGAAUCAUUAUUAUAAGCAAAUCGCCUUUAGCCAUUUAUCAACUUCGGAAAUACAAUCCGGAACUAAUUUGUGGAUUAUGGACUGAAAAAAAUCCAACCAAAUUUUUAUUGAAACAAUCCAGUUUAUUGACAUCAAUUUAUGGUGCUAUAAUACGAAAUAUAAUUUCGCCAGUGAUUGGAAUAAGUCUGGUAUUCAUUAGUAAAGAGGAAUUUAAUUUACAUAUAUCCGAAUUGUGGCGUAACGUUGGUGUACGUCCUAUAGUAUAUAAAGUGAAUUCACCAAAUGAGAAACGUUAUUUUCAGUUAGCCAUGAAAACCCAAUAUUUAACUGAUUCACUUAGAUCAGAGCCACAAUUAAUUAUUAAAUCAUAAAGUUUAAAAUUAUAAAUGAUUAUAAUUUGCGAACUUCAUUGCCAUUUCCUGAUCAAAGAUUUGCUUGGUUAUUAUAUAUGUGCAUUUUAGUUUAAGUUAAGAUACGAAGAAUUUAAAACAAAAUUUAAAAAAAAAAUAUAAAUUAUUGAUGGCAGGAAGAUAGUAAAACUAUAUUAUAAAGAACUCACGAAUGCAAUUUUAAAAAUUAUAUUAACGCUUAUUAAAGUUUCACAAAGGGUCUUAUACAUAUUCUUUUUUUUUCACUGGCCACCCUAUUUUGGUUUUUUAUUUCUCUUGUAUAAAUUAUAAUCGGUGGUUUUAUAUAAAUUUACAUCCGAUCAAAAGGCAUACUUACGAAUUUUUUAAAUUAAUUUUACUGCUCAUAGAAUAUUUGAUAAUAUAUCCUGAAAGAGCCAUGAAUUAAAUAUUUUUUGCCAAUACUCAUCGAUAAUUAUUUAUAGGGAAAAAUGUGUCAGUUUUAAUUGUUUUUUGAUUUUACAAUAUAUUAAUUUUAUAUUGUAAAUUGAUAAAAAAUAAAAAAAUUAACACAUUUAAAAAAAAAAAUAAUAAAAAAUAAUUUUAAUAAGUAAUUAGGUUUUGUAUUAGGAUCAGUGAAUAAAAUUCAUUUAUGAGUAUAUGCAUGCUGAAAAAGAUUAUAUUUCUAUCGAAUUUAUAAUAUAAAAAACAUACUUAUUUUGUUAAGAAAUUGUUGCAAAAUAAUUAUAAAUUUAUGACAAGAAAUAUAUUUGAGUUGACAAAAAAACAGGAUUAAAAAGCAUUAAAUUGUACAAAAUAUUAUAAAAUUUGUGUUUAAUACAACAAAAAUAUUUGUUACAUGGCCCGUAUAUUCAAAGGACAACAAAACAAAAGCACUAAAGUAUCUAUAUAAUAUUAUGAAUUUUAUUAGCCGCUUUGUACAAAAUUAGUUAGAAAUAAUCCUUAACGACAUCUUAAAUAAUUUUUAUUUAUUCUCAAAGAUAAAUCAUAAUUAUUUAUAAAUCCCUAUUUUCAGUGUUAUUAUUAUUACUCUAAUAAACUUUUGUAAAAUUUUAGUUUUUUUUUUUUUGUUUCAUGUUUUUUUUCAAAGUUUCAUCUUUUAUUUUUUGUUAAAAUUUCAAAAUACUUGUGAUUUUAUAAUUUAUUUUUUAAUUUAUUUAAAUAGUUUUAUUAUUUAUUUUGAUCUAUAUUCUCAAAGUAUAUAUUAUUAUAUAAGUUUUUUAGAAUAAAUGCGUGUAGAGGACAUAAAUUGCUUUGAAACGUAAGAACGAACAACACAUUUUUUUUUUUUUUUUUGAUUAACAAAAUAUUACUUAUAUCGUAAUAAUUGUUUUUUAAUUAGCAUGAUUUAUAUUGUAUAAUAUAAAUGUGUGUAGCUAUUAGAAAAUAGAAAUGCCUACUAAAGAGAUUUUUGCAUAAGCCUUUAUACACUUUUUCCAAAAUUAUAAAAUUUUACCUAUUAUAAAAAACUUUUAAUUCCUCUACCUUUUAAGUACAUACUUUUAUACUAAUUUAGUAAAAACGAAAUAAAAUAAAACCAAAGAUGCAUUUAAAAUCUAAAUUAUUAUACAAAGUGAAAUC